AUGCAGUUUUUAGCUACUUCCCUCUUGUUGUUCAUUGCAAGUGUGGCUUUUUCCAAAAAUAUCCUUUUAACCAAUGAUGAUGGCUGGCAGUCUACUAACAUUAGAGCCACCUACUAUAAAUUAAAAGAUGCUGGCCAUAAUGUUUUCUUAGUUGCCCCAGUAUCACAAAGAUCGGGCUAUGGUGGUAAAUUUGACAUUCCAACGUCCCCAACACUUGAAGGAAAGGGAGGAGAGUUUGGAUAUCCAGGACCAGGAGCACCAUCUUUUGGUCAUGAGGCUGAUGAUGACCAUAUUUGGUAUUUCAAUGGUACUCCAGCUUCGUCAAUUGCCUUUGCCUUGCAGUAUGUUCUUCCAGAAAAAUUCAACAAUGUCUCAAUUGAUUUGGUUGUUAGCGGUCCAAACGAAGGAUUGAAUAUGAGUCCCGGUAUGUUUACUUUGAGUGGAACAAUAGGAGCUACAUACAAUGCCAUUUACAGAAACUUGCCAGCGAUUGCAUUUAGUGGUUCUAACGGCAACAACUCAUUUUUCAAGGAUAGCUUGGACUUAGAUGACACAAAAGAGCCAGCAACUAUUUAUGCAAUCAAGGUUACUGAACUUGUUAAUGAAUUGUUCAAAACUCAAGGUGUAAAUCCAAGAGUUUUGCCAAUUGGUGUUGGUUUGAAUGUUAACUUCCCACCCGUUGGUUACUUGAAUGAAUCAUGUACUGAUCCAACAUGGGUGUUUACUAGAUUGACUGGUGAAUAUGCUUCAGGUGCAGAUUUGAAAUACAACGCUACUUCAAACUCAUUUUACUAUGUUCAAGAUGGGUGGAACGCGUUAACUGUUUGUAACAAUGGUGAUUGCUCUUUACCAUCAGAAAACUUUGUUGUUGAAUAUACCAAAUGUCAAAGUGCAGUUUCCUCUUUUUCAAUCGAUUACGAUGCUAACUUGGGAUUAACCAACCAAGUCAAAGGAUUAUUGGGUGGUAUUCUUGAGUAA